ACGGAGUGUGAGUGGCCGACAGGCUGAGGCGGGCGCACUGGGCGGCCGUCGGCUCCUCGUUCGCUGGAUCAGCGAUGCCCGUGGCCAGCCCUCAGCACAAGGAGAGUGCGGCUAGCACCGUGUCCCGCUACCUGCUGCCCAAGCCGCCCCGGCACAGCCCCCCGCUGCUGCCGUCGCCGGGGCCCGGCUCGCACCACGGAUUCUCGCCCGAUCCGCAAGCUUGCCUCCAGGAGAUCCGGCAGCUGGCUUCCCCGGGCGGCGCUCUGCUGGCGGCCGCGGGCGGCGGCGCGGCGGCGUCGGGCGGCGAGGCAGCGGCGUCGCCGUUCGGACGCCGCAGCCCGGCCUCCGAACCGCUGCUGCUCGAGCCGCCGGCGAGCAUGUCGGCGCCUGCGGGAGCGGGCUACGCGGCGGCGCCCAUGGUGCACAGGGCCUCGCCCGGGGGCUACGACCUGCGGGGACACCGUCGUGCAGCACCGCCUCCUCCGCCAGACCUUUCGGCGGGACCGUUGUCGCCCCUCUACUUCCCGAACCUCCGGCCGCCUGAGGACUCCCGGCAGAAGGCGAGCGAAAGCCCGAGUCGGAAACGGCUGAAACUGUCGCUCGGAGCAGCGGCAGCAGAGAUCGCGGCCACCCCGGCGGCUGUGCCGAUCGCUCCGCCCGGUGCCUGGGGCGAAGGCUCGCCCACACUGCGCAGGCGCAGCGCUUCGCAUCAGCAGCGGCGCAUGGAUCACCCGCCGCACCACUCCGCUAGGUGCACCAGCAACACGGCGAGGUGCCGACGCAGCCCCAGUAUGCGCCGGCCUCGGUACCGUGAACCGCCACCGCCACCACCACCACCACCGCCUGUGGCACAGCAUGGCUGGCGGCCAAGCCCACCAUCACCUGAGCAGCAGCGCAACUUCCAGCCACACCUCCAUCACCCCAUGGCUCACCACCACCAUGUGGGCCACCAUCAUCACCAUGGAGGAACUGGCGCUGCAGGCGGGGCACAAACGCCAUCCCGCACUGGGGGCACCAGUGGUGUGCGCGUGGCCUGGGAGCCAUCGGUGGGCACCUUGCUCAGUGCUGCCAGCCCUGUGCAAGCUUUCCCACAGGCACCAAGCUUUGUCUUCGACUUGACACAGGUGCCUGUGACCCUGGCCUCAGCUGUGCCGGCACAGCCCUUUGCUGUGUGCAGCACAAGCAGCAGCAUGGCAAGCAGCGGGGGCCCCCUGGGGGCAGCUGGUGCUGCGGGGGGAGCUGCGGCGGCACCUCACUACCACCUGCCACUGUUCACGCCUUCCUUCUUUGCCACGCCGCUGCUUGCCGCCUCGGGCCACCACCAUGUGGCGCCUUGUGGGUGCUGCUUCCAUCACCACCAGUUUGCUGCACCAGCCUUCCUCCACCCGACUCAGAUGAUGGCUGCUGCUGCGCCGUUGGCUGCCCACCAGAGGGCACCACAACAUGCCACACUUUUGUCGCAGUCCCAGGAGCCAGACCUAGAGCUGCUUGCAGAACAGCGGCGAAAUGGUGGUGCCUACGGGGGCCUAUCGCCCCAGCUGAGCCAUCACGCAGCACCAGGCACACACUCACCAUCACCACCGAUCUCCCACCUCCUGCCAGACACUGUGACCACCAUGACUCCUCAGUCAGACUUCAUAUGCAUGGUGCAUCCACGGCGCCUGGUUCACGGACGACGCAGCUCUGGUCGCCGUUGGCGCACUCCUCUGGUGGCUGCCACGCCUCCUCCGCCACCGCCACAUCCUCAUCCAGGCUUCCUACUGCACCUCUUCUGGUGGCCUUAUGAUGGUUCUAGUGCCAUGCUGUCCAACAACCCAAUGCCAGCGUAUGCACCUGAAAUGGCAAGUGCCGAGUCGCCAGCAGCUGAGAACUAUGAAGCCCUGUUGAGCUUGGCCGAGAGGCUGGGAGAAGCCAAGCCACGUGGUUUGCCAAGAGCAGAGAUUGAGCAACUUCUGUCGUACCGCUUCAACCCUGAGACGCACGAAUCUGAGCAGACAUCAUGUGUGGUAUGCAUGUGCGACUUUGAGGCCCGACAGGUCCUGCGUGUGCUUCCUUGUGGGCACGAAUUCCAUGCCCGCUGCGUUGACAAGUGGCUCAAGAAUAACCGCACAUGCCCGAUCUGCCGAGGUGACGCAUCUGAAGGUGGACACAGCUCUGAAUGAGCAUGCAUUCAUGCUGCCUGCCAGGAUGAUGACCAGAAGUGGCACCACAUCGUUCUUCUCCUUUCUCACUUUUUUUUUUUUCCUUCGGCGGGGACUUUUUUGAGUGUGGCUGACGUCUUUGCAUGCUCUGGAGUCUGCCAAGAGAUAUCUGCAAAGCUGACGAAAUGCUUGGUUGCGGAGCUGCAAACCCCUUGUUUGCUCUCUUGGGAUUUCUUCUGAUCCUCUCUUUAAUGUGUGUGACAUUGCUUUUGGCCCAUUUUAUGUUCACCAAAAUUGAGUUCUGAGAUAGAAAGUACUGAUUGGGACUACUUCUUUUUUUGUGCAAUACAAGAGGUUCUUUAUUCAUUUGCGUGUAUCUGUGUCUGCGCUUGACCUUGUAGAAUAAAAAGGCUGUUUCUGUCCGACAGCUCUGCAACCAGGUUGCUUCACAGUGCAAAGAUCAAGCAAAGUGCGAAUGUGCUCUCACUUUUUUUUUGCAUGUGUGUAAGUGUGUUGGUAAAAAAAAAGCAUGGUUGUCAAUCCAUGGUGCCAGGCAGCCGGUGAAUAAAUGCGCUGUGACCUCCUCAUUUUGGGCGUUGCCUAGGAUAUCCCCUAUGCCAAGGCUUAGUUGUUGCCCAGAAAUGUGCCCAGUGUGCUGCUUACUAGGUUUGUCUCAUAAUACUGGAGGCCUUUCCUGUGGCUCCUUUUGCAACCUGGCUGUUGCCUUUGCUAUAAGAAUUAUUUUUUUUUUUUUUGUCCAGAGUUUGUGACUUGCCUGGAGCCAAAGCCAGGUUGAAAACGAGCCAGAGGCUGGCCACAGUUGUCGCUCAAAUGCUAGUGGUCCCUGUUGUGCUGAAGUUGGUGUGCGUUGCUCCAAUGUGCUGGAUGGAGUGUGACCCCCCCCCCUCCCCUCAAAGCUUGAGAAAGUACGCCAGCAAAGUGUCUGAAACUAAUAGGAGCUGUGGUACCACUGCACGCUGUUCAUUUGAUCUUCCACCAUGGGCCUGCUGCAUGUUGGCAGCCAUCAGGGGGGGCAGAUGGUCCCAUGUCGCCCUCUCAUUCAUGCCCACUGCACAUAUUUAAGACCAGCAUCUUCAUUUGAGCACUUGCUUGCCUUAGGCUUUGCCCUUCAAUGACGCUGUCCCCUGCAGCAGCUUGGCUUUUCCCCGCUUGGCAGCAGUGCUGGUCAUGCAGGACUCUGUCCAGCUUGAUUUUGUCCCUUGAAAAUGUAUUUAUGUAAUGCCAUUCAUUUGUCUAAGUCGUUUUUAAGGCUCAUUGCUCACAUUUGUCAUGCUGCAUUGCAUUGUUGUGUUUGUUUCUUGUUGGUACAAGUGUCCAACGUUUUACACAUGCCACUACACUUCCCACCACACAUUGCCGUGUCUUAGUCAAUCUUCGCGGCUUACUUUUUUGCUGUUGCAUUCUUUUAAUGGAUUACUUUAUAUUUUUUUUAUUGGGCUGUAUGCAUUCAGUCGUUAUGGACAGUUGUCCCACAUAUUUUUUGUAUUCGUUGUUCAGUUCAGUUAUUGUUCUUGCAUGCAUUGUUUGACAAAGGUGUUGUCGAUAAUUCUUUGGGGUGAUAACCUGAACUGUACUGCAGUAUUUGACAUACCAUAGCGACAAGCAUUCUGUUUCUUAUGGACAUAAUGUGGGUGUCUCAGUUGCAAGUAGGGUUUUGCAAUGCUGUUAGCUUUUCAUUUGGGACGUGUCUGCAUCUUUGCGCUGCACAAUAAUUGUUUGUGGCACACAUUUUACUCAGGGGCAGUCACCCUCACGUUAUUUGUUACCUUUGCUGUACUGUGUUUCGUUCCGUAUUUUUUUUUUUGUGUGUGCAUGCGUGUGUGUGCGUGCGCUUGUAUGUAUAAAAGAAACCCGUCAGUUGAGCACCAUCCAAUUGCCAAAUUUCUUGAGGCGGCUAAAGUGAAAAGUGCAAAUUUUAGUGACAUCAUUCACCUCUACUCGGUUUGCCUGCUUAUUGAGGCAGCAGUGUUUCCUUUCCUCCCUCCAAUCAUUCCAAGGCAGUGGCUCACUUCCCUGGCUUGGCACCUGUGCACUGAAGCCCACAGUCCAGCAUUGGACGGAGAAAAAGAUAUUUUCGAGCCUAUUGCAGGGCAGCCGUGAUGCAGUCCCCUUUGUUUUUACACUCGCUGCCCCUACGGCUUCCUCACCAGCAGUGCAAUAAGUGUGCUCCACUUUUCUUUGCCAGCCCUGCCUAGACAGUUUGCCUGAUCUCAGCCGAGUCUGCCUGUAUAUACAUAUGACACACCGCUAGGGAAGCCUCUCAUCCUCCUGCUGUUCACUGCAGUGCUGUUUUGCAGAAUAGCUGUGGCUGCCUCUGCUAGCCCGCAUUGCAGGGUGCUUGCUUGUGCAUGUAGCCAUUUCCAUUGCUGGGCUGCACGGUUGUUUGUUUCGUGCACCCUCUUAGCAUUGGUUUCUUUUUUAUUUUAUUUGAUGGGCAUUAUAUUUGCUGUGUUUGUUUUGUUACAAGUGGUACAAGAAUGUCGAAAGCAAGCUACUGAUGCAACAGAGCUUUGGCCACGAUGGUUUAGAAGGCAUUGCCUGAAUGCCAUUGGCUUGCUUGUGGUACUGUUAAUUUGUUAAUACUCUUUGGAAAGCACCGGUAGCUUUUGCUGGAGCAGGGUUUCUGUUUAGAGUGGCGUUUGCUAGUGACGGGACAGUUGUCAGCAUCAGCAGAGCUGUCGACACUUUUGUACCACACCAUUUGUGACUCGCAUGUUAAAACACGUUCGGGAAAGAAGUGUGGUUUGCUCUGGACUUUUUUUCUUAUUUUCUCAUAGGGGUAUUUCUCCCUCUGAAGCUUGAUACUUGCUCCAUUUCUAUGAGAAGGGUGACACAGAAAACAUUUUUUAAAAGUUGUAUCUUCCUCAAAGUAACUUGUGUAGUUCUGAGACUCCCUUGCAGUCUCUGGUGGCAUUACGUGUAGCACGCAUGUGGCCGAUCUUGCACCAGCCCAGUUUUUUGCCUUUCCGUAGACGGCAGGAGUCUGGCCAAGUCGGCAGUGUUUGUGUGUGCACCAAAACACGCGCAGCUUACACAUUUGUGACAUUCCAGUGUGGAGAUGUGCCCACUUUCUAUGCAAAGUUUCUCUCUGGACUCUGCAGCACCAGUUGAGUUUCCGAUUGUCCAAGUGGCUCCUUCGCUUUCUUACCAACUCUGGCUGUCACUUGCGAGUAAUCCUUCCUGGAUGGUCAUGUUCGAAUUCUAGUGCAAGUCCCAAAGUGCCAAUAAAAAUUCAGUACCACAUGUGUGUGCAUUUACAUGUUUCAGGAGAUGCUUGUUUUCAUUUGACUGUUUUAUUUCUUGUGUGUUUGUACAAUAAAGCAUUUUUAAUCACUACACAA